AUGCAUGCAGGGGUAUCACCGACGGGUAGAGUUAUGUGUUUGAGGGUUGGGGACCACGAGGGCGUUCGGCUGUCUAGGCAGCUCAUGGCGAUGGACUACGCGCUGCAGCAGGGGGCUCAGGUGUCUGUACACCCCUUCAGCCUAGAAACAGAGAGUGAAGUGUAUCGUGAGGCCUUUGAAAAACUUUUAUCUACAAACCACCUGGCGGUUGUUGCUGCGGGGGACAGCGACUGCGAUCUAGACCUCGACGAGUGCAAGUAA